UAAAGAGCAUACGUACAUUUUACACAGGUACGUACCGUAUUGUUACUGCUACUGCUUGUGUUCCGCAUCGAGUAUUGGAGGAAACAGAUCCAGUUCGUUCGUUGACUCGACAAAGACACUGUACCAAAACAAGCAACCAGCAUGUCGAAAGCAUUCGGCCGAGACGAGAUGAAUGCCCUCCUGGGUGGGCCGGGUGGGGGCGACGGACCCGAAGAAAUGGCGGCCUUUCGCCAGUCCGUGCAGCAGCAUCCCCGCCAGUCCUCCUCGAAAGGAUCCAGGGAAGAAAUAGACAUCUCGAAGCUGACGGCGGCGGAGACGGCCAAACUCCUGCUCGAAAAGACGAGUGGCAGCAAGACUGGUGGCAAUAACUCGAGAGUGUACCGAAGCCAAAACAAGAAAAAGGUCUUGGCGCACCACCAGUUGCUGGCCGAAGAGUUGUCCAAGCAGCAGCAGCAGCAACAAGAACAAGAACAACAAGUCGAGAAAACCCCGGUCGCACCCGAUGCGUUAGGGAUCAAGCACCGCAAGAAUGACGACGAGGAGGACAGCGAAAACGAGUUCGUGACGGAACGAAGGCCCACRCAGGCCGCGGUUGUGAUACGGAGACGAUCCAGCGAGAAAGAGCGCGAGAGACGCCGCCGUCGAAUGCGGUCCGAUUCCUCGUCCUCGUCGAGUGACGAUGGAAACAGGAAACGAAAGGUCGUGAACGACAGGAGGAGCCGCCGGCGACGAAGGGAGGCCGAGAGCAGUUCCGAUAGCAGCAGCGACGACGAGUGUGAMAGGAGACGGAACCGAAGGGCUCUGGCGUCGCGCCGAGCGCAAGAAGAACCAGAACCUGUUGUGCCAGAACCCAGGGCACGACUCGAAGAAAAAGAUCAACAGAAAGAACMAAGCUCAUCGCUAGAGGUUGGCCGUGUUCCUUCACAGCGGGAUCGAACGAGGAUAGAACCAGCAGAAUCGGAAUCCCUGGGGCGAAAGGCAAAGCAACGCCGAGCGGCUUCUUCUUCCGAUAGUGAUAGCGAAAGUUCUUCUGGGAGUUCGUCCUCGGACAGUAGUAGCAGCAGCAGUAGCAGUGAAGAGGAUGAACCAGUCAGGUUGAAGCCCAUCUUUGUUCCAAAACAUAAGAGGAACCUCAUCCAAUCGGAAGAGAAGAAAUGGGAAGAAGAGGAACUCAGAUUGAAACAGGAAAAGGAACGCAAUCAAAAACGAAAGGCAGAAUCGAGGGCUCUUGUCGCAAAAGAAUUAUCUGACGCAAAAUCGUCUCUGCAGAACGAUUAUGGAGAUGAUGUGGACGACGAAUGCGGAGGUGCGAACAAUGCUCCACCGAAUGAUGACGACGAAUUGGAUAACGACAAGGAGCACAACGCUUGGGAGCUCCGAGAGCUAGAACGCUUGCUGAAGGCCAUGGACAAAGAAGAAAAACGGAGGAAAGAGGCCGAAGAAUACUCGCGACGAAAGAAACUCACGGAUGCAGAAUGCUUGAAGGAAGACAUCGCGUCAGGAAGAUACCAAGCGCCGGGAGCAAAUCGCAACCAAGGCACGUCCGGAGGUUCGAAUCACCUCAAGCGUUACUUUCACCGCGGUGCAUAUUACAUGGACCAGUCCGAGUGGGACGAAGGUGAUAUACGCCAAAAAGCUGCGGAGUAUGCAAAGGCAGAUACAGGAGAAGACAAAAUCGACAAGUCCAAGCUCCCUGAGGUAAUGCAAGUCAAAAACUUUGGACGGGCGCGACAAAAUACCAAGUACAAAGGCCUGGCCAGUGAAGAUACAACAGAUAAAUCAGCUCACAUUCUACAGCUACGACCAGAACAAAGGACGAAAAGACAUUUAUGAGAUUCGACGAAACUAAUGUAGCAACACUAUGACUUGUACUCUUCCCGAGAAUGCUGCGCUCUACUUUGCUCUAGUUUCAAGUACAAAACCAUCGAGAAGAAUUCCUCUACGGUAAAGCCUUGUUUCAAAACUUGUAAAUGAUUUAUGAUACUGUACAUACUUAAGACGUAGAUGUUCUAUUACACUGCCUUCAAUUACCGUGACGAAAAUUACUUUCUUUCUUUCACGGCGACUAUGAUUUCGCACAAGGUCGUCGUCUGAAUGGUUUCCUCAGUCGUCCAAGUGUAAAUUCUGACUUUUGGAGGCUAUGAGAAGAAUUGCAUUGGGAAAUAUCAGAGGCACUUGAACAAGAUGAUAUAGAUACCUUGCGUGUGGAGGAUCUACCCAUAUCAACCAAAGAUAAAUCGGAGAUAGGAUCGGACAUUUCACUGACGSGAGUGCUAACGAUAGUUUUGUUUUCAGCAUGAAAUGAUCCUCUCCUGAACAUCGCGUUACUCGUCAAAGCAGCCAUAGUGCUUCCUCGCUUUAGGGUGCCACUUAUAUUUGAUGAACACGAUUUAGGACGGUGCAGUCCUAGUUUUCCUUUUUGAACUUGGCGUUCACUCAGCGCCACCUCGACACGAAGAAGCUUAACAACAGAAGUCAUAUCUGGACGAUUUUUCGGAUCCGGAUUCCAAGUUCUUGUAAUCAGGUCCCUUAAUUCCGUGGAAGGAAUCGAUGUUAGUGGAGGCCUGUAGUCCUCUAUCAAAACCUUCUCUUUGAAUUCAGCCUGUUGAUUGAAUUGUUUGAAUGGUUUUUCCAAUGUACAAACCUCGAAAAGCAAUACGCCAAAUGAGUAAACAUCAGACGGUAGUUUUGGAUCUUGUCCAAACGCCAUUUCUGGGGACAUGUAACGGAGGCUCCCAGCUAURUCGCCAGCCUUCACAGUGUGAAGUUCGCGUGCGAAACCAAAAUCAAAGAUAACAGGCUUUCCGUCUUUAGUAAAGCCGAUAUUGUCUGGUUUGAGGUCCCUGAACACUACUCCAUUCUGGUGGAGAUACUCUAAUCCUCUGGAUACGCCCAAUGCGACAUCUUCGAUACGCUCCAACAUCUUCGGGAAGGAUAUGCUACCACUCAGUAUCCUUCGCCUUUCCUUUGCUCGAGCUUGGUCCAAGCGCUUGGGCAAAGUAUCAUGCAAAAGAUCCAAAAGGAGAAAAUAACCCUUUUCAUAAUCAACGUAGGAAGUUCUAAGCUCUCCGCCAAAGACCCCGUGUAAAUGGAUAAUAUUUUCGUGAUUCAAUCUUGAAAGUAGAUUUGCUUCUGUUGCCAAAUCAAUUGCUGCGAGAUCAAAGCUUCCCUCUUUGAUAUUGGUGAUCUUAGGACUAAGAUACUUCAGAGCGCACUUUUUGUCUUUCAAUUCAGGUGUAUUUAUGUCAACUCGGUAAACUUCCGAAAACGCUCCUUUCCCCAAGAGUGACUUUUGCUGGACACUCUCCCAACGAACUGGUUGAAUGCAUUCUUUCAGCACACUUAGCUUUGACUGUUGCGAAAGAAUUUGUGUCUUCUCAUAAGCAGCUUGCGACGCCGUGCAUCUUGGCGAAAACUUAUCGUCUUCUGAAGUCAUGAUUUCCUACCGUUUGCUACCGAGUCCUUUUACCUUUCAAAAUUCAAAAGUGGAAGAGCAGUUAAAUCGACAAAAUUGAUUUACAUCAAUCAAAUAGACAUCAAAUUAGCCG